AAACCCAGCAACAAUCCCUCUUCCAUGCCAAGCUCAUCCUCUGUAACUCUCCCUCUCUUUUACCCAAUUUUUCCUUACUAAAUCUUCUUGUUCCUUACUGUCUGUUCCCUCAAAGAGAAAAAAAAAAAAAAAAAGUUCAAGCUAAAGGCAAAGUUUUGAACAAAAUGAAGGGUCUGAGAACAUUCAUUCCUAUUGAUUCAUCACCAAGCACAAACUAUCUAUCAAAUACAGUGGUGCAUGAUUGGUUAGUGAAGUUAACAUGCUUAAGGGCAUUGUCUCUUCAAAGUUAUCAGAUAAGAAAGCUUCCAGAUUCAGUUGGAGAUUUGAAGUGUUUGCAAUACCUUAAUUUGUCUGAAACUGCCAUAGAAACCUUACCUGAAUCCAUAGGUUUCCUUCUGUCAUUACAGACAUUGUAUUUACAGAAUUGUCAUAAGUUCUCCAAAUUUCCUGCAACAAUUGGGAACUUGAAUGACCUUCAAUAUCUUGAUAUUACUAAUACCCCAUCUUUAAAAGCUAUGCCACUAGAAAUAGCUAAUCUCAAAAAUCUUUUGAUAUUGCCCAAAUUCAUAGUAGGGAAAACAAAUGAACUGAGAUUAAGUGAUGUGAAGAACUUGUUACAUCUUCGAGGGUAUCUAUCUAUUUUAGACCUACAAAAUGUUUUAGACAAUUUAGAUGCCAGACAAUCCAACUUACAUAUGAUUGGAGCUUUAGAUGAGUUGGUGCUAGCAUGGACUUCUGACUUUGAUGACUCAAGAGAGGGAAGUGAUAUUGAAGCGAAAGUGCUCAGCUCCUUAAGACCUCAUCAAAAUUUGAAAAAGGUGACAAUUAAUUGCUAUGGUGGUAAGCAAUUUCCGUCCUGGAUUGGUGAUCAAUCUUUUUGCAAGUUGUCCUAUUUGAGGUUGUCUGGUUGUAGAAACAGCACUUUGUUGCCAUCAGUUGGGCAAUUACCUGCACUCACAGAGUUGAUUAUUGAAGACAUGAAUGCAAUUAAAACUGUUGAAUCUGAGUUUUAUGGGCAUGGUGGGCAUGGCGCUUUUACAUCUUUGCAGAUGCUUAAGUUUCACAACAUGUUAAAUUGGGAGAAAUGGGCUUUUCUGACUGACACUGGAGUAGAAUUCUCGUGUUUGAAGGACUUUGAGAUUGCAAACUGUCCUAAGCUAAUGGGCAAAUUACCCAGCCACCUUUCUUCUCUCAUUAAUCUUGUGAUAGAGGGAUGCCCAGAGUUAACAUGUUCAUCUUUAAGUCUUCCAUCUCUUAAAAAACUAUGCAUCACAGAUAUUUUAGGACUUGGUUGCUUGCCCAAGAGUUUUACAGAUUCCUUGACAGCAUUGGAGGAUAUAGGGAUCAAAGGGUGCCGGGAGCUUACCUAUUUGUGGGAGGAAGGAGCAGAUACAUCAAACCUUGCUCAUCUUGAACGUAUGAGUAUUGAGGAAUGCCCUCUGCUUGUGUCAAUGUCAUGGGAAGAGCAAGGCCUCAUGCCUCCCAAUGUUAAAUAUCUUUCCCUGUGCAAUUGUGGGGCCUUGAAGUCUUUACCAGACGGUAUGAUGAUGAGGGCAGAUGGAAGCAACAAGAUGGUAAGACUUGAAGAGUUGAGAAUUAGGGAUUGUCCUUGUCUAGAGCGUUUUCCAAGAGGGAAGUUACCUGCCACGUGUCAACUCUUAGAAAUAAGAGGUUGUACCAAAGUAGAGUCUUUACCGGAAGGAAUAUUGGGGCAAGAAGAUGAUGGUGACAACAGCAACAAUAUUGAAAAUUUGGAAGUUAGUGGACUUCCAUCUUUAAAUUUAAUUCCUAGUGACGAUCGAUUACCGACUGCUCUUAAGAGAUUAGAAAUUAAUAAUUGCCCCAGGUUGGAAUCAAUUUCAGAGAGGAUGUUGCAACGUUGUCUAAGACUUGAAAACAUGGACAUUCGGGGUUGUGUAAAUUUGAAAAGCUUAUCCUUUAGCGGCCUCAGCAAUCUCACUUAUUUAUGCAUUGACGGAUGUGAUGCUUUAGAGUCCUUCCAGGAGAUGCCGGAGUUGAGCUUAUCCAUCCCCAAUAUUAAAAAUUUUCAAAUAGUUAGUUGUCAGAAUCUCAAGUCCCUGCCAAAAAAGCUGUACAACCUCACAUCGCUUCGGAUAUUGUAUAUAGGUGAGUGUCCAGGCGUCAAGUCAAUUCCUGAAGGGGGUUUGCCGCCAAGCCUAACUUAUCUUUCAAUUGGUUGUGAGAAUCUGAAGCAGCCUAUGCGAGAAUGGGGCCUCCACACCCUCACUUCUCUUAAUUAUUUCACCAUUUCUUGUAUAUGUCCUCCAAAUAAUGUGCUUCCUUCUUCUUUAACCAGUCUUUGGAUAUGGGACGUUCAGAAUCUGAAAUCCAUACCCAGAGGCCUCCUCCAAAACCUUAAAUCUCUUACACGGUUAUGGAUCUCGCGUUGCCCAAAGCUACAAUCAUUGCCAAGGGAAGGCCUGCCUCCAUUGCUGGGAGAACUCAGGAUCGACGGGUGUCCACUUCUAAAAAGAGAGCAUUUUCAGGAGAAAGGACAGUAUUGGCCCCUCACAUACCACAUUCCCUGCGUCAAUAUAGUGGACAUCUAGGUA